AUGAACGGCGGCCCAUCUGGUUUCAAUAAUGCGCCGGUGACGAGGGUAGUUGUGACCGCCAGUAUUCUUUUCACAGUGGUAUUUGGGAUCCAAGGUCGCUCCAGGAGUUUCAAUUGGUCUUAUCAGGAUAUUUUCAAGAAAUUUCAAAUAUGGAAGCUCAUAGUUUCAGUUUUUGGCUUUUCAUCUACACCAGAACUGAUUUUCGGAGUUUAUCUGCUGUACUACUUUCGUGUGUUUGAGAGGCAAAUAGGUUCUAAUAAACACACUGUUUUUAUCCUUUUUUCGGUCAUCAUGUCUUUACUGCUUGAAGUCGUUGCACAAUGGCUACUUAAAGAUCCCUCACCGAGUAUACUCACAUCUGGACCCUAUGGCCUUAUAUUUUCUUCAUUUGUUCCCUUUUAUUUCGACAUUCCUGUUUCGACGCGGUUUCGUGUGUUUAGCUUGAACUUCUCAGACAAGACUUUUAUUUAUUUAGCUGGACUUCAGUUAUUUUUAUCAUCCUGGAAAAGAUCCAUGCUGCCAGGGCUUUGCGGUAUUCUCGCAGGUUCCCUGUACCGCUUGAAUGUCUUCAACAUACGCAGGCUAAAGUUUCCCGAAUUUAUCGCGUCAUUUUUCUCAAGACUGUCUUUGCCAUCUAUUGGUAACACAUCACCCACCACCAGGUCAUCGCCCAAUACUGGUCGCCAGAUUGAGGCAAACUAUCCAGCGCCGCCAUUAUCAUCGACUGAACCACCUGAGGCCUUGAUAGCCACACUUGUUUCAAUGGGCUUUGACCAGAAUUCGGCCAGACAGGCUCUCAUACGAGCAAGAAAUGACGUUAAUACUGCCACUAACAUCCUUCUCGAAUCUCAAGGGCAUUGA